AUGUACCAUGACGAUGCUUCCCCGUACGCGGCUCCGGGUGCAACGUUUGGUACCGAGUCCCACGGAUCCGUUUCCGGCAGCAGCAACAUUGGCGGUGGCCUCGCCCAACGUCAUCGUUCGACCGAGUCUGCGACAGCGCCCUCUCCUUUUGUGCAGAGUCCAACCUCCUAUACGUACCCGGCCGCCACUACUACCAAUUCGGCUGCCUACGGAUACUACGCCGGUGGUGCGGCGCCAUCGGCGUAUCCCAGUCCAAGCACACAAUGGGGAACGCGACCGUCCAAGAACACGGCGCCAACUUACCAACAUAACGGUGCAGCGAUGGCGUUUUUGAUUCCGUCGCUCUACGUAAUGCUGAUUCAAGAUCACGUCCACGAUGGAGCCAGCUGGUCAUCCUCCACGCCUUUGACUACCUUUGCAAUUCUGACUGUCCUGCUGUACUGCCUGGACAUGUCCAAUUUGCGGGAAGGGUUCUUGUACACACUUUGGUUGUCCGUCAUUGUCGUGUUGAGUGUAUGGGGGUGGGGUCUUUUGCUACAACUAGGAGACGAGGAUGAACAUUCGGGACUCAACGUACUCCUGAUAUUGUUGCAAACGGGGGUCUAUGGAUUCGUACUGGCGUCCGGAGCCACUUUUGUAUCGCUUCAGUGUCAUUGGAUUGUUCAAACGAUGCCUGUCAACACCAAUGGCUCCACAGCAGCUGUCACUUCCAAAAGUAUGUAUCUAGAUAAGCCUGCAAACCCACUCCCCAGUGCCUCCUCGGCCGAAGCGUCGGCCGCCGGAAUUGGUUUGGAACACAUGUUGCACGGUGUUGUCCCAGUGGUCUUUGCCGCCACCUGCACUCCCACGAUUGUCGGCUACCUAGAAUCCAUGUAUGGAAGAGACACUGCCGCUACGCUUAUGCCAUAUAUCUUUCUGUUUCUGUUGGUCUCGGCUCUCCUUGCGUUUGGCUCAUCCACUACGAGCUUUCCGAUCACACCAAGCGCAGCCGAUAGAAGCGGCAACGGAUCGAAUCUCGACUCGAAAGCCAUCAGCAGCAAACGACCAGACUUCAUUAUCCGACCACAAGUGGCUUUUUGGCAUACGUCUCUGGUCUUGAUUGUGCCCGUCACCAUGCACGUUGGAAUAUGCUAUAAACGCUUGCUCAGUCGAUAUGCCGACAGUGACGACUGGUACGAUUGGUUCUUGGCCGUGGCUAUUCCAUACUUGUGUUUGUACGGAUUAUCGGCCUUGGACAAUUCGGAUGUGUUUCCUAACCCAUACAGCAAUCGGGCCUUAUUUGGAGCAGGCGGGGUUACGCUGCGGGGGACACUUGUACCACUGGGGGUGUCCGUUCUCGCGUCCCUCGCCCUUCAGCAACGAUAUCUGAUACCACUCUGCCAUCAGUUUUCGUACCAUUUCCUUGGCCACAAAUCUUCAAGCUGGCUAGUGUCCUUAUACUGGACCAUAGCCACCUUGAGUUUCGUUCUCUGCGUUUGGUUCUGGGGAAGAAAAAGUGUCGUCACCAAUCAGCCCAUCUUUGGUGAAUACCACGAAGACGUGGUCCAGCUAACGUUGUCACUUGGAGGUCUCGCCCUUGGCAAGGCAUUUGGACUGCCCUGGAACUUUACCCCGUUGCCGAUUCUAGCAUUUUUGGGGCUGUCGCUCUGGUUGACGACCCGCAUGCUUCGUUAUUUGACUAUAUUCCUCUUUGUUGUACAUGCAGCAGGUGUUGUCACUUUUACCUACCGAUUUGCAGGUAUUGAUCACUCGCUGGCGUUGCCCUUGGGUAUGAAUGUAUCGCUGAUUCGAUUUGGCAUGUUGCUAGUAACGUCGUCCAUAUUGAUUGGUUUAGUGGCCGGUCUUGGUGUGCGCUCAACGGGAGGAUUCGGGGCUAAAAUACUAAAAAAUGUAGACGUCACGGGCCUGGUUUUGAUUGCUUACACCUUGACUUCCAUGGCGUUGGAGAUUGCGUUACUGAAGCGUCCCGUCCCGUCGAGUGAGCUGAUGGGCGUCGACGACAAGGAUUUGGAAGAAGAGGACGAGAUGCUGUACGAUCACACCUGGGCGUAUAUGACAAGUUUUGUUGUCAUCUGCAUAACUGUUUUCAUGAAGAAGGUCAGAAUUCUUUCCGCUCGAACGUCCGGAAUUGUCUUAGCCUUGGCGAUGGGGAAAGCUGUAUCGAUUUUUAUCGACGACGGUGAGGAGGAAGAUCCAGCAGAUGGCUCCUCGUUGACCGCUGUGUUCAUCCGUGCACUUUGUGCAGCGGUGUUGUGCAUUGUUAUGUUCGCCCCACGGAUCUUUUUGCAACCCAUCUAUCUCAAAUCUGCUAUUCGAUCACGUGGGCUGUUUAACGGUCGCGGUGGAUCAGAGCUUCCGACGAGAGCACUGCAAACAAUCGUUCUCUACGCGUUUGUAUUCUUGCCUAUUGCUCUAGUCAUCGCUAUUCCAUACGUGCUGUUUCCACUCGCCAGCGCGUUGGCUGGAGAAUAUGGUGGUGAUUCUUUCUAUUCCUCUACACCGCCUGUCUCCGAGUUGAUAGGGUCGACGGUCGCAUUGUGGGGUCUAGCUUGUCUUUCCACGCUGAACUUUUAUCUACCUGAUGGUGGAGGAGAAAUGUGGAAGAAGCUUUCUGCUCUUGCCUUCCUGAUGGGUGUGGGCAUUUUUUUCACGGCGCCUACAUUCGGCGCAGGUAACAAGGAUGUCAUGAUGAACCCGUACGCUUCGAUUUCUAGUGUCGGGUCGCAAAUGGUAUUGCGUAGUAAGAGUCGAACUGGAGGCUGGGGUCUCCUAUCUGCUGCGCUGGCCACAUUUCUUUCCAUUGCGGGGCCUCUAGAAUUGAAGGAAAGACGCAACAAAUCUGGUCGAAAGGACAAGUAUCUACUAUUCAGAACGAUGAGUUUUAGUCUUUUGUUUGGUGGAGGGGUUUCCUGGUUCAUUAUUCUACAAAGUAUGAGCGAGACAGAAUGGUUAUACCUCUUUCUAACCUCCAUUGCAUGCAUGACCAUUGCCUUUCUCGGAACCGUUGCAUCCGUCCUCGGCUACCAUAUUGAGCUUGAAAACUUUGAAGAUGUUGACCAGAUAUUUCAAAUUUGGAUUCUUGCUUUGCCUGCCUUAAUUCCCGUAACGGGUGCACCUCAUUUCUUUAAAUCCCAAGGCUCUCAUCCGUUUGGCUCUGGUGGCUGGCUGGCAACCUACAUGAGCAUUGCGAGCAUCACACUACUCGUCUUUGCUCUAUCGUUGAGAAGCCGUCUUUUGAAGAAUCAGUCCACGCGUUCAGUCGCUAAUCUAAGCUCAAUCUUCUCUUGGUUGUGCGCUGUCACCGUAAUAUACGGCAGAUACGGCGUUUCUGGCAUGGAUGCCAACUACGACGUUAUAACUUUCGCUGGGGUGCCAUUUCCAAUUUUAGGAACUAUCAUUGUAUCUCCGAUCUUGUUAGCACUUGAAGGCGAAUCGGCAUCCUCUGAGAGCAGGAGCCGAGUCCAAAGACUGACAACGGCUGGUCCUCGGACGCAAUCAUCGAUGGGUUUAAAGUUUUCUUCGUUAAACGAAUCUAACCGUUUCGCACCGUUGCUCACAGCGAUCAAUGUUGUGUUUAUCGCUGCAAGCUUGUAUGCAGUUCUCCUUCGUGGAUCCGGUCUGUUCAAUAUGUUUGGAGCAUCGGUCGCAAAGAGUCAUGAAGGAGUUUUCUACAAAGUUUUCGGCGACGCUGACAAAGACAACGAGGACCUUGCCGUACUUGCUCAAAAGACUAUUUCUCACAGCAAAGCGCUGGCCACUUCAGCAAAACUGGCGGGCAGUGGAUUUUGGACGGCGGGCGGAUUCUUUGGUCCAAUGAUGCACUUAGGUGGUAUAGGGGCAACUGCUCCAAGCUUUGCUCUACAAAUUGCGCAUUGGUUCAAGUACAGGAACGUGUCCGCGUCAAUUUCUACCCUCGUACUUCCUUUGAAUGCUGUGCCGUUGAUUCUGUGCCGCGGUAUUCCAGCACUGCAAGCAGUGGCUCUUAUCAAUAUAGUGACAGGUAUUUUUCAGGCAGCCAGUAUACGCAAAGCAGACCGACUCUCGCAAAUGCAAAUUUAGAGGACAAACCAAAUUAUAGAACCAAACCUUAUACGUCGAGGUCUGUGAUUGCGUUGCUGGAGAAUCCUUUGAAGUCGGCACUCGACGUAAUAUGCAUGUUUCAAUAUACCUUCUCUCAUCAUGUAGCUGAUGUGGUAAUAAGCAUUCCGUUUGCCA